AUGAAUGCUAAAUUUGAUGCUCUAUGCAGAUUUUUCGUUCAAGGUAAUUGUAAGCAAGGAGACCAAUGUAAAUAUUCCCAUGACACAUCAAAUAUUGAGAAAGUUAAUUUAGACAGAGAGGAUAAGGGAAAACUGAAUUUGAAGAAGACUAAUGAUUUUUAAUCACAAGAUAGAAAAUUUGUUAGAGGGAGAGGCAGAGGAAGAGGCUACAUCGAUAGAGAUUAGGAAGAUGAAUAAACCAAAGACAAUAAUAAAAUAGAUAAAAGCGAAAGAAAUGAGUAUAAAUAGAGAUAGCAAUAAUCAAAGAAUUUAUAUGAUCAAAAUAGUGUCCAACGAUAUGGAUAAUCAUAAGAAGGAAAUGAGAAUAGACAAGUGAAGUAGAAAUUUGAUCGAAAUUUUGAUAAAUAGAAAACUUAGAAUCAGUAACCUGUUUAUAGAGAGAAAUAUAAUUUUAAUUAGGAGAAGAAUAAUGUUAAUUCUGAGAGGUGGUAAAGAAAUCAGGAGAAUGAGAAUGGAGAUGAUUAGCAAUAAUUUCGUUAAAAUACACGUGGAAGAGGAAGAGGUAGAGGCAGAGAAAGUAGAGAAGGUAGAGAUAAUACAUUUACAAAAAGAGAUUAGAGAUAAGAUGAAGAGAAAGAUAAGGAGAGAGGCAAUUAGAGUGAAUGGUAAAUAGAAACUGUUAGUCUUACAAAGAAAGUGAAAAGGAAUGAGAUUUAUGUUAAAAAUAGGUAAUAAGUGUUGCUUUUGGAAUAAAUCAAAACUGUAGAUAGUCUAGUUCAAAUCGCAGGAUAUCAUUUUUAAUUUCUGGGUGUUUUGAAAUCAUAUGCAAUUGAUUUUUAUUAAAUCCCAUUCAAAAGAAGUGGGAGUGAUAUAAUAGAUGAAGAAAAGAAAGUAACAAUUAGUCAUUUAGAUAAAUAAUUUAUUUCUGCUUUUAUUUAAGAACAUCCAAAUAAUGAAUAUACACUUAUUAUACAAUUUUAGAGGGAGGAGGAAUCAUUUAAAAAUCUAUUGAUAUUUCACAAUGUGUUUCAAUAAUAAUGUCCUUAGAUUAUAUCUGAUAUAUCAAUGAAAGACAUUGUCUAUACAAACUUUGAGGAUGGGCAACUAUAUACAUUUUGUAAAGAUGGAUUAAUCAGAAUAUUCUCAUAGAGUGAAUUAGGAUAGUUAAAGUGCACUUAACACUACAACGUCGAACAAUCCAUGGAGAGUGUAAUUAAGGUUGGGAGUAAUUAUUUAAUUGGAAUGAGAAGUGGUCAACUCUAUUUAUUUAAUGGUCGAAUCAUAACUGAAAUCCCAUAUAAAUUUACUUAGAAAUGCACAUAAAUGAUCUUGGAUAACAAUAGAGUAAUUCUGAAGAUGGAUGACGAGACCUAAACAUCAAUAUAUGUAUUGAGUUCGAAUUUGGAGAUAAUUGGACCUAUUUAUAGUGGAGAUAGGGUGAUUUGCUUAGAGUUAAUAAAAAGUUAUGAAAGUGAUAAACUGUUUAUUCUUGGACUCAGUAAUUUUGUUGAGAUCUACACAGAGAUUGAAAAUAAAUUGUAUCCUAUAAAUAAGAUUUUGAAUUUGAAAUUUAUGCAACUGAAGAAGAUUGAAAUCACUAAUGAAAACAUGGUUACUUAGAAAUUUAUAGUAGGAGAGUAUGAUGGAGAAAUGAAAAUAUACAGUGUAGUACCUGAAUAAUGA